AUGAAAAGGCAGUUUGCGGCAAUAUUUCUGGCGUUUCUGGUGUGCUAUUCACACGCAAGGAUCUCGAUUGGGGAGGCGGUAGACCUCCAGAAGGCAGAAAUCGGAAAGGACAAAGUGAUUAUAAACCCAAGAGGCCCGCUAAACAUGAUUCGUGGAUACAUAUACUCAGAAAUGGAAUACAUGCACUGCAAGCGGUUUUUAUCGCCCGAGAUAGAAACAGACUACACGCUGAAGUGGGUUGAUGAUGACAAGAAUCCGGAAGCCGGGGCAUACCAGCACACCCGAAAUGCGAAAAACGACAAGGCAUAUGGCCCAAGCAAAAAUGCUGCUGUGGAAAGCCCAGAGCAUUCUGAGUACUCCGAGAGCUAUCACAACACGCUUAUACGGAUGUUCCCGUCUGUUGAUGGCAGAAACCUCUCGAUUCAUGUAGCAAAGGAGGACUCGUUCAUCAUCACUCUGCAGCGCAUUUGCACGAAGGAGCAGGCGAACUAUGUUCUUGCUUCAUUGCUGCUGCUGAGCGAGGGCGUGAUAGUCCCCAUUAAAGCAACGCAAACCAAAGUCACACUAUGGAAAACCAUAAAUGCGGAGAGCGAGUACAAGAAAGCAGUCAGAAAAGACAAAAAAACAUCUAUUAGCGAGUAUAUGUUCUUUGAAGCAGACGCCAAACUGCAUAUGUCAGUUCCGCAGAAAGACUUUGCAAAGGUCGUGGACUUCUUCAAGAAGUACAACAAGCCAAAAGAACUUCCGGACACACAUGGGAGGUUUAUCAGAGGCAAGUUUCUAAACACUCCGCAGUUUCUUAUACAAGCGUACGUGUUUGAGUACAUAGAAGGCCAGGAAGAUGCAAUGCGGUUUCUGGAGUGUGUCCACACUCUUCUCGAGUCCCUGGGGCAUGUAAAAGAACUUUCUGCAGGAAAGAAAGACAUAUACAACCAGUGCUUCUGUGCAACUGAAGAGAAGGAGAAGGCAGAAGAGUAUUUGCAGCCGUUUUCGGAGGUUUAUAGAAUGCAGAAGAAGUUUGAUUGGUUCCCGUUUUACGCCAAAAGCAUGCUGCCGCACUAUAAGUCCGUGCGGUUGUACGACAAAGGUCAAGGUAAGUUUACAAAUGACAUUUUCUCUAACUGUGUGGAAACAGGCCUGUACGCGCUGUUCUGCUGUCUGGCAUACGAUGCAAAAGAUAAGAAGUACGACGUAUUACGGAUGCUGGGCGACAGGAAAGACCGGCCUGAGACAAAGCCACUGAGAGACUUCUUCAGCUUGAAAGAUGUUGCUCCAAAUAAGUAUGCGACUAUAAAAGUGCUUGAAGAGUGGAAUAGAGUAAUGUCUGGCCUAAAGUGCGACCGAAUAGGCUACAAGAGCAAAAACAGGAAUGAGAUGCGGUCUGGCAUUAUGAACAUUCUGUACGUGAUUGCCGAAGUAACAGGCCGACUGGACACUGAGCAGGAAAAAAUAGACGGACUUGCGCAAAGACUAAACAGCGAAGAAGCGCCAGAGAAAAACAUAUACAGUGAAAUAGAGGAGUAUAUUUCCAGCCUUUUGAAAGAGCUCUCAGUAAAUAAGAACAUGGAGGUGUCCUUUUCGAAUGGGCGUAGAGACGUCCGGGAGGAUGGAAAAUUCAAGUUUUUUGCGCAUGUCUGCUUGGAUUACAAAGACCAAGAAACUGACUUGACUCUGGGGCUGGAAAUGAGGAUUUCUCCUGGGCAUUUGACCUUGGGCCUGCAUGAGAGCGAUCAGUGCAUAGCCAACAAAAAGGAAGUAUAUGAGGCUGCCAAAAAAAUGUACAGAUCUGAUAAGGUAUUUGCAGGAUGCUUGUUUUCUAAGUAUUUUUUGGCCUGGCUGAUACAAAACGGUGAUGACGUCGUUUUAGACCAGACUAUUGCCAACCUUGUAAAACACAAUGUAGAAGACGUGCAUCCUGGGGGAGCAAAUAUGGUUUUUAUAUUCAAUCCUAUUAUAAGAAUGUCACGUAGAAGUAAAAUUAUGCCCAGAAUAUGUGUGUGUGCCAAGAGCAUGUCGGUGGACCUAAACAGGGAUCGCCCAGCCACUCGCCUGGUCUUAAACACUCUGGGAAGUGUUAUAUUAGAGGAUAACUCUGGUUCAGUGGACGUUGCUUUGAAACCCCUCGUGCAGCUAAGCCAGAUAGAAGCAUUCAAACCAAAGGUCACUUUAACGCCCAAGAAGAUCGGUAGUCUGUUUAUGAACUCGAACCACAUUACAGAAUUGUACAAAUAUGCUCCAAAAGGAAGCGAUGCUGCUGCAAACGCUGCUAUGGAAUACUUUAGAGAGUACAAAAAGAAAACCGGAGUGUCCCUUUUCCAAUGCAGUAGUCUAUUCUUAAAAACCAUGCCAAUCACCAUAUUUGCAGGCGACACCAUUCGCUUGGUCGAUGAAAUUAGAGAGCUUCUUUCGGAUGCCAAGGAUACAGAACGGGAAGAGGCUGCUGAGGCCAGUUAUGUGCUAGAUCUUUUCUGGCUUGUCCACGCACUGCACAUGCAUUCAACACAGACAGAACUCAUUGAAAAGCUUUAUGAUAGAAUUUUCCCAUUAGAAAAAAUAAGCGAGAAUAUCAUCGAGAAUAUAAAGGCCAUGUGCAGUCUUGAAGACCUAAAAAAUAUCGCACUCCUUCUUAAAAUGCACAUGGAGACGCGCCGAACAGGGAAUGACGACGAAAAACUCGAUAAAAUACUCAAAACAGUUGAUGCAUUCGGAACCAGCACAUAA